UUCGAACCUUGAGUCACAGAGGGAAGGGGUUUUUCUUGCAAGUUAAGAAGUGACAUUCAUUUGUGUGAGAGCAUUGCUUCAAAGUAGAAGAUAUAAGAAAGUGCAGGACUUAGAAGACUUCCCCAGGAGUUGAAAUGGGCCAAAAAGUCAAACUACUUUGCUUGGUAUUAUUGCUGAUACAGUUAAUAUCAGCAAUGCCACAAUCCAAAACGUCAACCGAAGAACCGAUCAACGCACCUCUGGGUGAUUUAGAGGCAUCUUUUGGAGGCUCAACUACCACUUCUACUACAGUUGCUCCAACUACACCAAGGAGAAAAACAGGAUUUUAUUACCUCUUCGAUUGGAAUACUUUCUUGGAUGUCGAUGACGUAAAAGGAACACGUGUUAAUCUUAGAUUUCAGCCAAAAAUUGGUGAUCCGAAGAGGUUCUACAAUAUUCAAACUCCUUGAGAUUUUGAAAUAGAUAUUUGUUGUCGUUGUUGUUCAUUAUUUCACUUUUUAUUUUAUUUAUUUCGUCAUUUCAUAAUCUGGAAAAUUUCCAAACUUAUUUAGUUUUUCAAUUUGUGAUACUUAUUUCAAUAAAUUCAUUCUUUCUCAUUUGUUAAUUUCAGAACAAUUGUAUUUUUAAUUGAAAGACUCCAUCCGAAUGCUAACUUUGGAUAACAGUGUAUAAAAACAUUCAAAUUCUGUACAUGAAUUGUUCAGUUUUCGAAUGGUAAUCCAAUAAAAAGUUUAUUUAUUUA